ACACGCAAAAACAAAAAACAAAAAAGAACUCACAAAUUCAUAAAACGCAGAGAACAAACAACACUCCCCCUAUUACCACCUCCCGCUUCUGCAAAUUCCGUCAACCGGUUGCCGGAAAACAUGGCCGGCGCGGCCUACGGUCAGCUUAAUCUCGAGGAAUCACCGUCGUGGGGAUCUCGAAGCGUCGACUGUUUCGAAAAACUCGAACAAAUUGGUGAAGGAACCUACGGUCAAGUAUACAUGGCCAGAGAGAUAAAAACCGGAGAAAUUGUUGCUUUAAAGAAGAUAAGGAUGGACAAUGAGAAGGAAGGGUUUCCUAUAACUGCCAUCCGUGAAAUUAAAAUUUUGAAGAAGCUUCAGCAUGAGAACGUUAUCAAGCUAAAAGAGAUUGUGACGUCACCAGGUCCCGAGGUGGAUGAGCAUGGGAAAUCAGGUGGUCACAAAUACAAGGGCAGUAUUUACAUGGUUUUCGAAUACAUGGACCAUGACUUAACGGGCCUUGCUGAUCGUCCUGGACUGAGAUUUACGAUUCCCCAAAUCAAGUGUUAUAUGAAGCAACUACUAACAGGGCUACACUAUUGUCACGUCAAUCAAGUACUUCAUAGGGACAUAAAAGGUUCUAAUCUUCUUAUCGAUAAUGAGGGGAAUUUAAAACUUGCCGAUUUUGGAUUAGCGCGGUCAUACUCCUCUGACCAUAAGGGCAAUCUCACAAAUCGGGUUAUUACGUUGUGGUAUAGGCCUCCGGAAUUAUUGCUUGGAGCUACAAAAUACGGUCCAUCUGUUGACAUGUGGUCAGUUGGUUGUAUCUUCGCUGAACUUCUGCAUGGAAAACCAAUCUUAACUGGAAAAAAUGAGCCUGAGCAAUUGAACAAAAUAUUCGAGCUUUGUGGAUCUCCCGAUGAGGUGAAUUGGCCUGGAGUUUCUAGAACUCCGUGGUACAACAAGUUUAAACCGAGUAGGCAGAUGAAGAGGCGAGUUAGGGAGGUUUUCAGACACUUUGAUCGUAAUGCCCUUGAGUUAUUAGAGAAGAUGUUGACUCUUGAUCCCUCACAGAGGAUAUCUGCCAAAGAUGCAUUGGAUGCUGAAUAUUUCUGGACCGACCCGUUGCCUUGUGACCCUAAAAGUUUGCCCAAGUAUGAAUCCUCACAUGAAUUCCAAACCAAAAAGAAACGACAACAACAACGUCAAAACGAAGAACAAGCCAAAAGACAAAAACUCCAACAUCCGCAACAGCAUGCCCGCCUGCCACCCGUUCAACAACCGGGCCAAGCCCAAGCCCAUUCUCAGGUCUGGGCUGGCGGUCACAACCAUCCCAUGGGUAAUUCAGGUCAAGCUCCCCUUGCAGCAGGUGGUCCUACACAUCAUCAAUUUGGUAAGCCGCGUGGACCCCCUGGUGGGCCCAACCGCUACCCUCCAGGUGGCAACCCAAACCCUGGCGUGGGUGGAUAUUAUCCAGACCGGUCAACGGGUCAAGGUGGUGUAGGGUUUAGUGGCGGACAGUAUCCGCCACAGGCUCGUGCCCCGUCUGCUAGUGGGCCUAGAGGAUCUUCUGCUGGUUAUGGUGUGGGCCCGCCAAAUUAUUCACAAAACGUUCCGUAUGGCGGUUCUGGAGCCGGGGGUAGAGGCCCGAAUGUGGCGGGUAACCGAAACCCGCCGUACAACUGGCAGCAGCAGUAGUGUAUGGUAGGUGAAAGGAAAAGAUGAGUUUUGAAAAGUCGUUGACUGUGGUUUGACUUUUGACUGUUGCGCAGACUGCAAACAUGUACAGUUAGUUUUUAAGUAUAAUUAUUUUAGGAGGUUUAAUGGAUUAUAUUUUAUGAUUGCUUUUUGAAUCA